CUUGUGUCCCAUGGUGCUCUGGAGCUGAGGAGAAGACACCUUCAAAGACACCCUCUCCCCCUGAGCAUCAGACAGGCUGAACACACCCUCAGGGAGCGGCAGAGUUGGGUGUUGGCAGUGUGGGCAGUGGAUCAGAACAAGAGCCCUCAGCAGCUGAUAUAAUGGCUACAGCAAGCACCUCAGGGCAGAGCAGCUUCGGGCUUGGCAAAAAGAAGAAGAGUCCUGGUCUGAUGGAUCAGCUUAGCAAAUUCUUUGGAGGAGAGAAGAAGAAGAGGAGCAAGGGCUCAUUCAGGGGUCAUCUGGCCACCUCACCCCAGCAACCCUCCACUCGCCGUCGGACCAAUGAAAACACAGUGGUGCAUUUCUUCAGGAGCCUUGUUUCCUCCCCUCCUCCUAAAUCCACGUGGAGAGAAGUCUUGGGUUUGGCCUCUGCAUCGCGUACUGAGAGCACGAAGUCGCCAGUCAGGAGACGCAGAGAACAAAGCACGCUGUCCAGGAUCUUCAACCUGUGAUGUUCUCCUCAGAGAUCCGGAGAAACCAAGUCCCGUCCACCCCCAAAACGCUGGAGCACCAUCUUCUAAGCUCUCCGUCGAUCACCAAAGCUUAGAUCCGACAGGACCAGAAGAACACCAAGAACAAGGAGAGAUGGAUCCACAGAAGUUAGACUCACAACCUCAAGAAAUGUUAACCGACUAACACGAGCCUCCUGUGUCUUGAGACAGAGACACAAAUUUCUAUAAAAUUUGAGAAAAUUUAAGUUUUAUGUUUAUUGUGGCUUCUAAAGAAUGUUUGAGCUGUUCCUGAACAGUCCUGCUUUCUGUGACGCGUAUCCUGCUGAAGAGUGUCUGUUGUCUGAGCUUUGUUGCUCUGUCUGCUGACGUCUGGGUUUCCUGCCUGAGUGAUGUGUCGUGGCUGCCGCUGAUUUUUGUUUCUGAUCAAAACUUUAUCCCAGAAUUCUUCAGGUUCUGUUUCGGUUUGUCCCAGAAACGUCUGUUUGUAUAUGAAAGUGGAGACCUGUCUUUGUUGGAUGUAAUGCAGCUUCAUGUUUCAUUACGCAUCAGUGUGAUUAUGACCACGUACUGUAAGAUGCAAACAUUACGUUGCCCUUUCCACUGCACUGUGACCUAACUGUCAAUUGUACCUAAACCUAAGAGCUGUUCUCAUCUACCCUGUCUGAUGUGUGUGCAUCUUAAUUCAAGUUUCAGUGUGGUUUGUGUUUUCUCUGAGCUGAUGGUUAAACAGUAAGUGAAUGAGAGGUUUUAGGCUGACAUGGAGAGGCAAAGUAAGAAGAACAGAACUGUAGGACAGCAUGUUUGGUUCGAGUGUUCUGCUGAAUAAUUUCUCAUUCGUUUUCAUCUGUUUGGAUGUUCUAACAGGACAAAAACACUGUAAAUAUUUCUUUUUCCUGAUUUUGCUGUCCCUCUUUCAUGUUUAUGUUAAACUGUUGUUUUAAAUGUGCAUCUUAACAUAAACUGGUUCAGUCUUGUCUUAUUAAAGAGUCUGUAAAUGUGGCUACAGGCCAACCAAACUGUUUGUUGCAAUAAUUACUUUUUGCUGCCCAAAAUGCUCACUGCUUGUCAAAAAUCCUUCGAUCAUGCAUUCAUGUUGCAUGGGUCAAUUGAGUAAUUGGGUCACAAAGAUAUAUGAAGAAGAGGCAGAUUGCAGAGCCUGCAGACAUAAACCAAGAAGCAAAAUCAUUUCAGACACACCCAAAUAAAUUAAAACAUGAAAAAACCCACAGAGACUUGUGGUGUUCUGGUUGCAGAAGGACCCAAACACAGGAGUACUGAACAAGUAAGGAAUCCAUCCCACUGAUGAUGGGAUCUGCUCAUUUUGCCCUCAGUGAUCAGAUUAACUACAGUUACUGAAACUGUGUGUUUCUGUGUGUGUAUACUGGUUUAUGAUACGUAUUUAAGAUGUUUUCUGGGAUCUUCUCUAACCUUCUAAGACUGAUUGGCCUUUGAGGACCAAAGUCUGGUCCUAAUGUAGCUGACCCCCUUUUUGAGGGUUAGGAAUGAUUUAGAUGUAUGGUGUGAAUUAAGGUUUGGUUAAGGUUUGAGUUAGGAAUAUCUUAGUAAAUUAGAGUAUGUGUUCUGGUGAAGUUUUUCCUAAAAUAACCUUUAAGCGGGUAUUAAAAAUUUUUCAUUAAGCCACAUUUCUGUAUCAAAAAAGAUUUUUAUUGGUCUGAUGUAAUAUUCUAAUCUUAAAUGUCAUGUUUUUAUUAGUCUGAAGUGGAAAAUCAUUAUAAUUAACUGCAAUAAAGGCUUGAAAACAUCA